AUGGCAUCUCCUCCGGGCAAGAUCAUCACUCAUAGCAAUGGACAGACAACUCAUUACAUCGAAGAUGAUUUUACAGACCCAUGGAAACCUUGUGAGACUGUUUUAAUCCAGCAUGGAUUUGCUCGUCAUACCGCCUUUUGGUAUCACUGGAUACCAGCGCUUGCGCGAGAAUAUAGAGUGGUUCGGCGUGAUGCUCGCGGUCAUGGAUUCUCGAGCGUUCCUUCGGCAGAUUCCAGUUAUAGAUACACGAUGGAGACCGUAUGCUCAGAGAUCAUUGACACCAUGGAUCAGCUCAACAUCGACAAGGUCCAUUUUCUGGGAGAAUCCACAAGCGGCAUGGUUGGAGAGAUACUGGCGGUCAAAUACCCUCACCGACUACAUUCACUAACCAUUUGCUCCUCUCCAACGUAUCUACCACCACGAGCUCUGUCCCUGUUCGCAUUUGGCCACUCUGAUUGGCCGACUGCUUGUCGUUCGCUGGGAUCUCGAGGCUGGGCUGAGAGUCUGAGCACAAUACCAGGGACUGUUCAAAACACAAAUCCCGCAUAUUUGAAAUGGUGGGUGGAUCAGGUUGCUCUAUCGAGUGGCGAGGGUCUGGCAGGAUACGCAGGUUUUCUCUCCGAAUUGGAUGCCAGAGAUUACUUGCCACUAAUCAAGAUACCUAUGUUAAUUUUGGCACCAACUAAUAGUGCUGCUGUAUCUAUGAAAGACCAGGAAGGCAUUCAGGCGAUCGUGCCAGGCUGUCAGCUUAUCAAGAUUGAUGGUGUGGGACACGAGAUCUAUACCGAGAAGUCGUCAGAGUGCCAGAGAGCAUUUUUGGAUUUCUUGGGAAAUAUCCAAUGCCAAUGA